CGCUGCCCCAACGAGCUUUGCACGGGCUGAGGAAGAUUACGGGAACUGUUUAAUCUGAUGUACAGCAUCGCUGCGCGGCUGAUUAGUUUAGGUGGGGCGCAGCUUUUUUUUGAAUGGGGAAGGACCUGGCUUCUGAUCCAGAAGGAUGGUAGAGUCUACAAGGGCGAUCUUCGGGAGUCUAUGAUGGUUCUCUAUUCUGGAAAGUUCGUCAUCAAUGAAAUUCAAGCAGGCUGGAAGAAGGGAUAUGCGAUAAGCAAGGGUUUAUUGCGGUUCACAAGGGCUUGUUUUUCCCUUAGUUAAUAGCGAUAAGACCGUGUCCGGUUGCUCAUGUAUAACGCUGACCGCGAAU